AUGUCGGCCUCGCAGAAGCGUCGGAUCUUGGACGAGGUCAAGGUGCCCGCCCUCACCGUUUGUCACGGCAACAAAUUCAAGAAGGAGGCGGUGGAGAAGAUGAGCCUUCCUGGAGUGAGCCUGCUAGACUGGCUGGACGACGACACGCCUGCAUUCUCGCUGCUGCACUGGGACGAGUACAAUCUGGACGAGUUCUUUGCCGCCGCCAACUACAAGUGGGAGGACAUGGUGACCAAGUGCACCAUUGGCAACGUCAACUGCUCAGACUUGGGAACCAUCCGGGCGGCGCAUACGCCGCUGCUGGGCGCUUGCGCCACGCUGCGCACCAACACCACUGUCGGCAGAAACAUGCUGUCCGGCCAGCUGAACCUGGUGCUCAGUGAGACAGGCAGCUUCGCGGAUAACGAGUACGACGGCUGGGGUCUGUUUGUACACGAGCACAGCGUCCAGUUGGAUGACUUCGCGCUAUUCGCCGGCGUCGUGACGUACAUCAAGCUGCACGCCAACAGCUCUAUCACCGUGAAGCUGACGACAAACGCCUUCAGCCGGCUCCCCGAAGGAAACACAUGCAGCGAGCAGCCGAUCCACGUGGCGCAGUCCUGCCUGGAGCGGUGUGUGUUCAGCAAGGCCGGCAUCGACCGCCCGUCCUGCCACGUGCCAUGGAUAUCAGCGUCUGCCAAGCAGCCCCCCUGCACCACCUACCAGCAGUUCAAGAGCGCCUCUGGUCUGGACGAGCUCAGCUCAUUCAACGAGUCCCUGAUGGCAGUGAUCACCGCCUCCUGCGGCUGCCGCCUCCCGUGCCGGUGGGAGGAGUACGUCAGCAGCACGCCGCACAGCGUCAACAUCGACAAGGCGCGAGCGCCGGGGGGCGCGCCGCGCCGGCGGCCUGCCGGCCGGGUCGUCACCGAACUGGCGCUGUGGCUCCACACCACCGUGAUGAAGGCCGAGGAGGGGGUGGCGUACCCGCUGAACCAGUUCCUCUCGGACGUGGGCGGCAGCCUGGGCCUCAUGAUCGGCGGCUCGCUGCUCACGAUCGUCGAGCUCGUCGACUGUCUCGUCUGUGCCUGCUGCGGAGCGUGCAGCAGGCGAUAG